UCGAGAGGAGCAAACAAAGAUGGAUGUCGGGGAAGAGAUGGCGAAACCUGUGAGUGCUGUCCAGCCCCCCACUACUCAGCACCGGGAACGGAGUGUGGGUUCAAGCAUGAAGGACUGCCCCUACUGUGGCAAAUCAUUCCGCACCUCCCACCAUCUGAAGGUCCAUCUAAGAAUACAUACAGGUGAAAAGCCCUACAGGUGCCCUCAUUGUGACUAUGCAGGCACUCAAUCAGCUUCUCUGAAGUACCACCUGGAGCGCCACCACCGUGAGCGACAGAAUGGAAGUGGCCCCUCAGCCAACCACCCUCCAUCUUCUGAAAACAAGGAUGACCACUCCAAGAACAGCAGUAGCAGUGGGGUCUUUGCUCGACCAGAUGUCCUUCGCGGGGUCUUCAAAGGGGUGAUGCCUUCGGGUCUUGACUUCAGAGGGGGUCAAAUGCUCCCUCAACAGUGGAUACCACCAGGAAUGCUCUCACCCAGAGACAGAGACCGUGAAAAGGAACGCGAUCGCCACAGACCAGGGUCAGAGGCCACCACAGAGGGCAUGAAGAGUCCUGAGGGGCCAGCCUCUGCAGCGGACAUUCCUGCCAGCUUCUCCGACCUGGGCCGAGCCUACCAGAGUAUGGUGGGAAACGGAGUCAACUUCCAGGGAUCCCUGCAGGCUUUCAUGGACAACUUUGUCCUCAACUCCACGAAGAAAGAGAAAGAGAUGAGAGAGAGACAGCUGCAUGGUCAGCACUUUAGCCAGGAGAGUGCCGAGGCCAAGACCAAAAGAGCCAGUGAGGGAAACCAUGAAGAGAAUCCCACCAGUGACGUCAAGCCAGCUAAGGGUGGCCGCUCCCAGUAUGAGCCUCUGGAUUUGUCUGUUAGACCUGAAGCAGGGUCCCUCCCUGGAGCUUCCAUCACCAUCCAGGACAAUGUCGCCUGGCAUGGCUGCCUCUUCUGCUCCUUCACAACUGCCUCUGUAGAGCUGAUGGCCCUCCACCUGCAAGCCAACCACCUGGGUAAAGGCAAGUGUGGCCCAGGAAAAGAUACUAAGGAGCACCUCCUGGGAGAGCCUUCUCAUGCAGGAAGAGCUACUGGCUUGGCUCCUCCACCACCAGGCCUUCUUCAUCACCAUGAGGGAGCCCCGUCCAGGGACAGAGAGACUGAGUCUGGGGAUCUGAAGGGACAAGCAGGCUGGUCCAACCAUCUGGAGCAGCCCCCGCAUGGAGUCUCCAUGGGCACAUUCUCCAAUGACUUCUACAAGCCCUUUGGUCCUGUGUAUGAUGGCUCUGCUAGAGGGCCUGUUGGAUUCCUGGACCAGCAGCAAAUUCUGCCCAAUGAUAUGGGUGGUCAGGGCCCUCUGGACGACCUAUCUGACAAGGCGUCCUGCAGCGAAAUAGAGGCAUCUGAAGAAUAUGGCGGCCAGUCUGAGGAAGAUGAAGUAAGUCGUGACAAAUCAUUGCCGAACCCCACUGCUACAGAGAGGCAUAUGCAUUCAGAUGAUGAAGAGGAGGCAGAGGAAGAAGAAGAGAUGGUGAUGGGUGAUGCUGAAGAGGAGGACCGUGGAUCCAUGCAAAUGUUUCCUGAAUCUCCAUUGUCAGGGAAGGACAUCCAAAGAUGCAAGAUGACUAUGGGCCCCCAAAGCUCUGGCCUUUCUCCUUCUCAGCCUCCCACCCCUGAGAAGCAGUGGCACCAGCAGCAGCAGCAGACAGGCCUCGGUCUUCUCACCCCAAGCGGUGGUCCUCCUGGCCUGGUAAAGCCUGAUCAGGCCCACCUGGAGCAUCAGAUGAACAUGCUAUCUGUCCUACGGGCCUACAGUUCAGAGAACCUCGCAGCCUUCAACGGAGGCCUUGGCGGCAGCUCCAAUGGAGGAGGCAGUGGCACCAGCAGCAUGAAAAGAAAUGACCCCUCUGGUCAUGGAGGUCAGAGGCAAUUCCAGUGCAGCUACUGCCCUUACAGCGCCUCUCAGAAAGGUAACCUGAAGAUCCAUGUGCUGUGUGUUCACCGCAUGCCCUUUGACAACAGCCAGUAUCCCGAUCGGCGCUUCAAACGCUCCCGCAUAGACUCGGAUGUCUCCGGGAACUCAGAGGAUGGAAAUUUUCCCUCCUCUGGCCAGGUGAACACAGGAGAAUGUAUUUCUGGUGAUACUCCUCAAUCUCUUGAGUGAAGCGGCGUAAAACUCAAUCCAGGGAUUUCUAAGGACCUUCAGGGGUUUGAAGUGAUAAUGAUACCAGCUCAUACAAGCAUUCCCAUAGCAUCAUUGUAAAAAAAAAAAAAAA